AUGAUUGUGUUGGGGACGAAUUUGCGGGCGAAGGGGUUGGCGUUUUUUGAUGCGGUGGAGCAUGUCUGGGGGAAGAGGUUUGGGGGUGUGUGGGAGGGGAGUUAUAUCCCUUGGGUGCCGGAGAAUGCGCUUGCCAGUUUGGAGGAUAAGAAGGUGGAGGGGGAGGAGGAGGAGGAGGAGGAGCGGGAGAAGAGGUUGGAGUUGGAGGAGAUUGCAAAGAGGGAUCCGUAUGGGGUCAAGGGGACUUGGUUGAGGGUUGUCUGCUUCCUCGAUUAUACGGAUUUUUUCCAUUUCAACUUUCACAACCACGAGGGGGAGGGUCAGGCGGCCGAAGCGCCGAGGGAGCCGCUGAAUACUGGUGAGGCGGUGAGGCUUAUUCUUAUGAAGGUUCAUGCCACCAAGAUUGAGCCUGCGGAUCCUGAGGCGGGAGAUCAUGAGGACUGGCCGGUUGUUCAUUUUGAGGGACAGUCUAGGGCGCUGGACUGGUCUUGGGAUGGGAAUGCGGAUUCGGAGUUGAGGGGGACGGUGAGGAUGACGAGGGAGGGGGAGGUGAGGUGGACGACGUAUUCAAUUUAUGACGGGGAGGAGCGGUGGAAGAGCGAGGGGUUCCAGCUUGGUGGGAGGAGGUCUGCCAGGGGUGUUGUUGGGAAUUGGUUUGAUAAGGACUACAGCGAACACGGCCCCUGCGGUCCGACGGCUUUCUGGAAGGUGGCUGACCGCGAGUAUGACUCCAACUCGGACGAGACCGGGGAGAUGCUGAACAAUCUGUUGCCACUUCUCGACAAUGACGACGACGACGACGACUCGGACGAUCCGGAUGCUGAGGAGAAUGAGGAUAGCGAUGAGCAUGUGUCUGAGUCGGAUGAAGUUGAUGAGGAGGAGGAGGAGGAUGGGGAAGACGAGGAUGAGGAUUUGGACCAUGAGCUUGAGGAGGAGCUUGAGACGGAGGCGAUGGCGGUGUUUGGUGGGGGUAAUGCCACUGGCUCGGGUUCACCUCCGGGGCAGGGGUUGCGCGGUGGCGGUGGUGAGAAUGAUGGGGGGAAUGAUGAUAGGGAAAACCGAGACAGGGACGGCCACAGCGAUGUGGCUGGCAGAGAGCACGCGGGCAUUGAACCGCCUUCUGAUGCCGAGUCGAAUGUCGAAUCUGAAGAUGAGGGAUGGCCUUAUGAGGACGGGUAUGAUCCGUAUGAGGAGGAGGAGGCAUAUAUGCAGGAGAUGGCUCAGCUGCCGCGGUAUGAGCUCAAUGCGGAUUACAGGCGGUUCAAUGAUAUGAUGGCGGCGAGGUUUCAGAUCGGGAUGCCGGAGCCUGAUGAUGAUGAGUAUUUGGAGCCGUGA